UCAGUUGCUCAGUUGCCUGUGUACCAACGAGUACGGACUGAUUGCUUAAAAUUUUUUCAGUUAAAUUGGAGUCAUACACAACUUUUUGUGCUACCGGGAUGAAAUCGUACUGAUUCCAAAUCAUUCAGGUUGUAUCUUGGAGUUCUUCGAAAAUGAACGUGCUGACAAAUCACGUGAAAUCUGUAACUGCUGCCAUAGCUAACAUAGUGAGAUGGGAGGGUUAUGUUGUGAGAAACUAUGCGCUGAAAUCGGACUUGAAAAUAAAGUGGGUUCGACCCGAAAAAAUCCCAAGUUACAAAGCUGAAAAGAGCGGGGAUUUGGGAUUGAAUCUCAAUGUUAAACCAUCACAAUUAGCGAAUCACUUUGACGAAUCUAUUGAAUUGAAAGAUGCGGAUGACAUUGUGAAGAAGCUGGUCACACUAGAAUAUUUGCCACUGUGGGAAACAAAGGAAAAAAAACGAGUAGAGACUUUAUCUUUGGUGAAACGACAUGCCUAUGAUAAUUAUUCCAUGGAAGCAAAAAUUGCCCAGAUGACAACAACCAUCCAACAUUUGCAACAACGGAUGGAACUUCACCCUAGAGAUGUAAAAGUCAAGGUAUUUCUAAAGGAGCUAAUUGAUAAGAGGAAAAAGUUCCUUGGCUACCUUCGACGUUGGGACUAUAGAAGAUUUGAGUGGAUUCUUGAGAAGCUCAAUCUCAUCUAUAAGGCACAUCCUCCGCAAUAUCUUCCAGUGUCCAGAAAGGACUCGCUACGCAAGCUGACUGCAAAUCACUGUGAAAAUAUUGUACAAGGAAAGUUAGAUGCUUAUAAAGCAGAGUUGCAGGCACAGCAAAAAGAAUUUUUCAAAGAGAAGUGGCAAAAGCUUGUUUUUGUCAGAAAUGAAGAGUUAUCAUGUGGUGUGACACCGUCUGUUACCGAAGAAGACAUUGAACAGGCUAAAGUGAAGUAUGAAUCAUUUAAGUGAUGACAUUUAUUCAUUUAUAUCAUCGCUCAGUCUGCUGUAUAUACAUAUGUAUGAGGAACCAUGAUAAGAAAUAAUAAACUUGUGGUAUGCUUGAUUCCAAA